CUGAAUUCGAUAUCUGGGGACGCACGAGUUUCUUCCAGGUACGGAGCUGCAUUAACAUUCGUCACCCAGUACGAUAUAGUUCUUCUCCAAGCCGUGGAAGAACUUAUUGGAAUGAAGCUGGAGGAGCUCAAGGUGAGCGACCAAAAGAUCACACGUUAUGUGACAAAGGUUCUCGUUGCCAAGCGUGAAGCCGAGUUGAGGCUAGAACAAAAUAGUUUUGGUGAAAGAAAGGAAGCCAAUCUACGCAAAGAUCUAUUAAUGAGUGGAGUACCCGAGGAAGAGGUUGACAAACGAAUCGAAGAGAUUAAGCGGCCUCGAAAUAAUCGAAAGAAGACGCAUUCCAAAACAGCUGUAGGAGAAAAGAGGCCCAAGUUCGCUGCUACGAAAGAACUUGAUACGGCAAAACGAAAACGAGUAAAAGUGACAUAA